UGAAUCUUAUUGAUCCAGAAGGCGGCUAAUUAGCCCUUCCCUUCGUGCCUGUGUAAUGAAGCACAUGCGCACUGAAUUAAUCACAGCCAUUUUUUGCAGGAAACUAAUUAGCAGGAAUAAAGAUCCAAAGAGUUUUUUCUUUUCAAUCAUCAGAUCUCACUUUCACCUCUUCCUCGCUCCCUCUAACACAAGACUCAUCGCCUGCUUUGCAUCCAAAUUAUUUUUAUAUUGCCUUUAACAACUAAUAGUACCUACUUCGUUUUUUACACUCCGCAACAACAAUGAUCUUUCUUUUGCCACCCUAAGCGCAAACUGACCAAAAGGGGACUGCCUUGAUGGGAUCUUUAGCUAAAUCAUCUCAAUACUGGAUUAAAAAGCGAGGAUCACAAACCGGCAGCGAGAAAUUGCCUGGAUGCGAUGAAUGCCUCAUGUAGGCAUCAGCAUGGACAGCUGUGAGUCUCCCGUGGUUUCUGGGACAGACGAUGGGCUCGGCUCCUCCCAGCAGCAGCAACCACCUCAGCCCUGGAACGAUCACAAUAGCUCACAGGUCACCUGCACCAACCAGGCACCUUCCCUGGACCCGCUGUCUCUCUCUGGUCCCUACCCCUCUCAGUCCCAAAACUCUAUUGCACCUCAUGACAGGGUAAGAGAACUACAGUCUCAGCAGCAGCAGCAGCCAAAGCAGACAUCACCCCGGACCCACCGUGAUAGCUCUGCCACAGGCCAGCUGCAUCCCAGAGGAGAGGGUCUUGACGAAGAAGACCAAGAGGGAGUGAGCUGUGGAGAAGAGGAAGAAUCUGAGGACUUAGAUGAAAUGGAGAUUGACAACUGUUUCCCUAGUCUUCAACCUUUUCCUGGGAUGCCAAUAGCUUCAGGGGGAGGAGGUAUGCCCACUCUUCUGCGACAUCAGCCCACACAACAGCAGGGACCACCUGAGAGUGGGAGUGAGGAAGGGGAGGAGGAAGAGGAAGAGGAGAGUAGUGAUGUGGAGAACCUGGCUGGAGAGAUAGUCUACCAACCAGAUGGCUCAGCCUACAUUGUGGAGAGCCUCAGUCAGUUGAUCCAAAGUAGUGGAGGCAUGGUACCCGGCCUGCUUCCUACAAACUCUCUCUCGAGUGGGGGGAAACCAGGGGAACCUGCUGGGACUUCGUCCUCAGUUUACCCACAGAUCAUCAACACGUUCCACAUAGCCUCGUCCUUUGGAAAGUGGUUUGGUAAUUCAGACCAAGGUUUCCCCAAUACCUCAACAAUGGCAGGCCUUAGCCCUGUCCUGCACAGUUUCCGUGUCUUCGAUGUGCGGCACAAAAGCAACAAGGAUUACCUGAACAGCGAUGGGUCUGCCAAGAAGUCCUGUGUAUCCAAAGAUGUUCCCAACAAUGUGGAUUUCUCCAAAUUUGAUGGGCUAGCCCUAUAUGGCAAGGGUAAGCCCAUUCUCAUGUGUUUUCUCUGCAAGCUGUCCUUCGGCUAUGCCCGUUCCUUUGCCACUCAUGCUGUCCACGAUCACCGCAUGACACUGUGUGAAGAUGAGCGGCGGCUGUUAGGAGAUAAGCAUGCAUCUGCCAUUAUCCAGGGCAUUGGGAAGGACAAAGAGCCCCUCAUAAGUUUCCUGGAACCAAAAAAUAAGAGCACUCCUCUGCCAUCUACGCUGCUCCCUCUUAACUCUGGACAGAGCUUCUAUGGCACAUUUAGUGGUGUCCAUCUAGAGCCUGGAAGCAGCAGUGGGGGCAGUGAGACCCUCCUGAACAAAGACUCUGACUCUGGCCUCCAGCAACAGCAGCAGCAACAAACCCCAUUAGGCUCAGUGCUUUCUCUUGGAGGGCUGAGCAUUCCCAAAGCGCCCACUCUUACCUCAUCCCCAGGCUCUGCCAAAGACUCCAGUGCCCUGCCCAAACAGGGAGGGAGAACAGAGGAGCCUGCUGGGAAAGAGUUGGCUUGCAAGGGAGAAGAUGGGAACACUAAGGGACAUGAAAGCAAGGCACACUUAUCCAGCCAGACCGGGGGCUCUGAGGAGGACGAGGAACUGUUAUUAGGGGCAGAGGAAGAUGAGGCAGAAAGCACUGCAAUGGCCUGUGGUGGUAACAGUAGCAGCGGUGGGGGUGAAGCGGGGGAACCAGCUGUCUCAAACCAAAGCAUUUCCAAAUCUCCUUUAUUAAUGCCUAGUAGCACUCUCCAGCCUUCUCCCUGCACCUCUGCAGUCAGUUCCACACUUAACAGCAAAGCCCUUGCUUCCAUUUCCUCCUCUGUCAAGGAAGAGGGUUCAACUGCAGAUGGUGGAGGGAGGACCUCAGAGCUCCCUCUGAGCUUUAACUGCCAGGGACCUACUGUUCCCAUGGCACUGGUGACAGCUGCCGUCAGAAGGAGCGAGGAUGAAACUUCUGGCACUUCCUCCUCGCCUCUGUCCACCAAUGCUGCUCCUGAUGAAAGUGCCAAUCGAGAUAGUGCCACAGCUCCAGAACCAAAUGAUUGCCCUGCAGAGGGAGAGGAGGAAAAUGGAGCCCUUCUGCAUCAUCACCACGUGCACCACCAUCAUCAUCACCUCCACCCUUCAUCUCAUGGCCACUCGCACCCCCUCCCAGGGGGUUCCUGUGACAUAACAGGAAUGGGUGAGUGUUCACAGAACCAUGGGCCCAGUGGCAGUGGAGUUAGUGGGGUCGAAUGCCCUAAAUGUGACACUGUUCUGGGUUCCUCACGUUCUUUGGGUGGUCACAUGACCAUGAUGCAUUCACGCAAUUCAUGCAAGACACUCAAGUGUCCCAAAUGCAACUGGCAUUACAAGUACCAGCAGACUCUGGAGGCCCACAUGAAAGAGAAGCACCCAGACUCUGGAGGCUCUUGCGUAUACUGCAGCAGUGGUCAGAGCCACCCUCGUCUGGCUCGUGGAGAAAGCUAUACCUGUGGAUACAAGCCCUUCCGGUGUGAGGUGUGUAACUACUCCACCACCACAAAGGGGAACUUAAGCAUCCACAUGCAAUCAGACAAGCACCUGAACAAUAUGCAGACACUGCAGAAUGGAGGCUCCAUUGGGUCUGCACAGGACCAGGUGUUUGGACAUACACCAGGAGGAGUGGUGGCUGUCCCGUCAGUCACCCAGGCCAGUAGCCAUCACCCUCCCCACCACCAUCCUUCACAAUCCUCCACUCACAUGUCCGGACCUUGUGGGGUCCCCUCCCCAACCAAGCCGAAGAGCAAACCUUCUUGGAGGUGUGAGGUGUGUGACUACGAGACCAAUGUGGCGCGGAACCUUCGUAUUCACAUGACUAGUGAAAAGCACAUGCACAACAUGAUGCUGCUCCAGCAGAAUGUGACUCAGAUGCAGCACGGGCGACUUGGCUUGGGUGCUAUGCCUUCGCCCUCUGAGGCUGAGCUCUACCAGUAUUACCUGACGCAGAACAUGAGCCUUCCACCAAGCCUCAAGAUAGACCCAGCUGGAGCUGAGGCCCAGUUCCUGAUGGGGAGCUUUCACCUAGAUCCGAACAUGGCUGCCUUGGCUCCUGCACUUGUAGGUGGGGAAAUCCCUAUGGAUGUGCGGCUAGGUGGUGGGCAGUUGGUGUCCGAAGAACUGAUGACCCUGGGAGAAAGUUUAUCGCAGACUAUAGAUCCCUCUCUCAAGCUCUUUCAGUGCGCUGUGUGCAACCGCUUCACCACUGAUAACCUGGAUGUGCUUGGCAUGCAUAUGGGAGCUGAACGGAGCCUGCCGGAGGAGGAGUGGCGUGCCGUUGUUGGAGACUCGCAUCAGUGCAAGUUGUGCCACUACACUACUCAGCUCAAGGCCAACUUCCAGCUGCACUGCAAAACAGACAAGCAUGUGCAAAAGUACCAGCUUGUGGCCCACAUCAAAGAAGGGGGCAAAGGCAACGAAUGGCGCCUGAAAUGUGUGGCCAUAGGCAAUCCGGUGCACCUAAAGUGCAAUGCCUGCGACUACUACACUAAUAGCCUGGAGAAGCUGAGGAUGCACACUGUCAAUUCCCGCCAUGAGGCUAGCCUUAAACUGUACAAGCACCUGCAGCAGCACGAAAACGCGGUGGAGGGUGAUGCCUGCUACUACCAUUGUGUGCUGUGCAACUACUCGACCAAGGCCAAGCUCAACCUGAUCCAGCAUGUGCGCUCUAUGAAGCACCAACGCAGUGAGAGCCUCAGGAAGCUUCAGCGCUUGCAGAAGGGCCUGCCAGAGGAGGAGGAGGACCUCAGCUCCAUCUUUACCAUCCGCAAAUGCCCUUCUUCAGAUACAGGAGAGCUGAGCGAGGAUGUGGAGGCUGCUAGUGAGACCACCACAGACCAGGAGGACCAAACCAAAGACAGAGAAAGUGGGGGGGAGAAGGAGCUCACCAAAGGGACAGCUUUGUCCGGCCACUUGGAACGGCACCAGUCAGGUUCCCCAAUUCCUUCCAAAAGGCCCUCUUCACGGUCAGAGGCCUCAGAAAGCCCACUCUCCUCGAAACGACCCAGGACAGCUGAGAAGGGUGCUGCGGAGCAGAUGUACCAGUGCCCGUACUGCAAGUUUACCAACACGGAUCUGAAUCGCCUCAGAAUGCACGUGAUGACACAGCACUCUGUCCAGCCCAUGUUACGUUGCCCGUUGUGCCAGGACAUGCUCAACAACAAGAUCCACCUGCAGUUUCACCUCACACAUCUCCACAGCGUGGCACCCGAUUGCGUUGAUAAGCUCAUUGCCACAGUGACGACAACUGAAGCACUACCAGCAAGCAUGUUCAUACCUGUGCCGAGUCCAGACAGAGAGCCGCAGAGCACCCCUCAUGCUACAUCCAACUCUAACGCUGAAGAUACAAAGAAGCAAGCUGAUGCAUCAGAUGCUGAUCCAGAAAAAGGGGUGUCACUCCCUACUGAAAUAGCUGAAGCUCGCAAGUCACCUCUGGAAGAUCAACAAUCAGAACGGGAGGAUGCCACAGGAUUCCUGUGCUGGAAGAAAGGCUGUAAUCAAUUGUUCAAGACCUCUAACUCCCUACAAAUGCACUUCAAUGAGGUUCACAACAAAAGGCACCAGUUGCCUGUUUCAGAUCGGCAUGUCUACAAGUACCGCUGCAACCAGUGUAGUCUGGCCUUCAAGACUGUGGAGAAAUUACAACUCCAUUCACAAUAUCAUGUGAUCAGGGCAGCCACCAUGUGCUGUCUUUGCCAGCGAAGCUUCAGAACACUACAGGCGCUGAAGAAGCAUUUAGAAACCAGCCACCUGGAACUGAGUGAAGCUGACAUCCAGCAGCUGUAUGGGGGAUUAUUGAUGAAUGGUGACAUUAUGGCAAUGGGUGAUCCAAGCCUUGGUGAAGAACAUGGAAGUCUGGGAGAGGAUGACAAAGAUGGAGAUGAAAGUGAUCCAGAGGAAAAACAAAGCCCGACAGGCAGUGACUCUGGCUCACUGCAGGAAGAUUCUGGAUCUGAACCUAAACGUGCAUUGCCAUUCAGAAAAGGCCCAAACUUUACGAUGGAGAAAUUCCUGGAUCCAUCUCGUCCUUUUAAAUGCACUGUAUGCAAAGAGUCUUUUACACAGAAGAACAUCCUUCUGGUUCAUUACAACUCUGUCUCCCACCUACACAAGGUGAAGAGGGCUCUUCAGGAGUCUACUACUGGUCAACCUGAGCCUACCAGCAGCCCUGACAACAAGCCAUUCAAGUGCAGCACUUGUAAUGUGGCAUAUAGCCAGAGUUCAACUUUGGAAAUCCACAUGCGCUCUGUUCUACACCAGACCAAAGCUAGGGCAGCCAAACUUGAGGCAGCAGGGGGGAUCACUAGCUCUGCAAGCGCAACUGGUUUAAGCAGUGGAGGAUCCGGCAUGAGCACAUCAACAUCAAGUCCAAGCCCAGCCAGCAACUCAAACACUAGCUCCACCAACCACAGCUCUUCUGGGAGUCAGGCAGCCCAGAAUAUUCUAGGAGGAAACCACACAAGCCAGACUCACAACACUGAAAACCAGGGGAAUUCCUCGGUGAGCUGCCACUCCUCACCAUCUGAGAACCACGAAGUGAAAAAGUCCAAAUUUUCAGACAUUCUCUCUGCAAGGGGGCAACAGCAACAGCAACAGCUUCAGCAGCAACAGCAAUUGGCUCAGGCUCAAGCCCAAGCUCAAGCACAGCUUCAACAAGAGCUCCAGCAGCAAGCUGCUCUUCUACAGUCGCAGCUGUUCAACCCAGCACUUCUGCAGCACUUCCCAAUGACAACUGAUGCACUUCUGCCUCUGCAGCAGCAGCAGUUGCUGUUUCCUUUCUACAUCCCUGGAGCAGAAUUUCAGCUAAAUCCUGAGAUCAGCAUCAGCAGCUCAGCACUUGGCUUGGCUGGAUCCCCCAGCUCUUUGCUUGAAGAUCUUAAAAACUCAGCCCAACAGAGUUGCUUGCAGCAGCAAUUGAUGCACCACCACCUUCAGCAGCAACAGCAGCAGCAACAACAGCAACAACAGCAGCAGCAACAGCAGCAGCAGCAACAACAAUCACACUUGCAGGUUCAGAGCCAAAUGGCGUUGCUACAACAGAGUGCAUCACUCCUCCAACAAGCUGAAUUAAAGCAGAAACCUCCCUCCUCUCAGAAUGACAAGGACAGAGAAAUACAAAGGGAGAGGCAUGCAAGCGAAAAAAAUGAGGACUAUGUAAAUAAGGAUUCUGCAGACAGCAGGCCAAAAGAAAGGGAGAGUCAGCAUAUUUCAAUAAACAUAAACCAUGAUACUGGCUUGCCUCCACCAAGGAUUGCUUCAGAUGCUCGAGGAAAUGCAACUAAAGCCCUGCUGGAAAAUUUUGGGUUUGAGUUAGUAAUUCAGUACAAUGAAAAUAAACAGAAAGCUCAGAAAAAGACAGCUGGACCUACUGGAUCAAGUGGUCCAGGUGGAAUAACAAGAGUCAUAGAUCCCAUUGGGGGAUUGGAGAAGCUGGAAUGUGAAGCCUGUGGCAAGCUGUUUUCAAACAUACUGAUUCUGAAGAGUCACCAGGAGCAUAUCCACCAGGCUUUCUUUCCAUUCCGAUCCCUUGAGAGGUUUGCCAAGGAAUACAGAGAACAUUAUGAUAAGCUCUACCCACUGAGACCGCCUACACCAGAGGCUGCUCCAGCUCCACCACCUCCCCCUCCUCCACCCCCACCUCCUCCUCCACCCCAAAGAGCUCCCACCCCAAAUAUACCUGUGUCUAAUGCCUCACUCACACCUCCAACCGUGCCACCUCCACAGGCACCAGUUCCAAUGACACAAAUACCCAUGCCAAUGGAUUUGCCGCUCUUCUCCCCACUUAUGAUGCAGCCCAUGUCUCUUCAGUCCCUGCCUACUCAGUUGCCUCCCCAGUUGCCAUCUGUUGAGCCAAGCCUGGCCUCAGACCUGGCCCAACUCUACCAACAGCAACUGACACCAGCCAUGCUGCAGCAGAACAAGAGACCACGGACACGCAUCACCGACGAUCAGCUUAGGGUCCUACGACAGUACUUUGAUAUCAACAAUUCACCAAAUGAGGACCAGAUCAAAGAGAUGGCAGACAAGUCAGGGCUUCCACAAAAAGUGAUAAAGCACUGGUUCAGAAACACCCUUUUCAAAGAAAGGCAGCGCAAUAAAGACUCGCCUUACAAUUUCAACAAUCCACCAACAACAACUCUGGAAGACACUAAAAUUGAUUCCAAACCUCCUUCUCCUGAACCUCAGAAACACGAAUACUAUGGAAGCAAGAGAUCAUCCAGGACUAGGUUUACUGACUACCAGCUAAGAGUUCUGCAAGAUUUCUUUGAUGCCAAUGCUUAUCCUAAAGAUGAUGAAUUUGAACAGCUCUCAAACCUUUUGAGCCUCCCCACCCGUGUUAUUGUUGUGUGGUUCCAAAAUGCGCGUCAGAAAGCAAGGAAGAAUUAUGAAAAUCAAGGUGAUGGAGGGAAAGAUGGUGAAAGAAGAGAACUGUCAAACGACCGAUACAUUCGCACAUCUAACCUGAACUACCAGUGCAAGAAAUGUAGUCUCGUUUUCCAGCGUAUAUUUGAUCUAAUAAAACACCAAAAGAAGCUGUGUUACAAAGAUGAAGAUGAGGAUGGACAGUAUGACAGCCAAAAUGAGGAUUCAAUGGAUUUUUCCCAUGAAUGUUACACUCCCUCUGGGUCUUCCUGUCACACCCCAAUGCCCUCCUCUUCGAGUCUCUGCCCACUUCCACCCACGACUUCAGCAUUCUCACACCUCCCUUCCACCGAGAAAGAGGAGGCAUCACCAGCAACCACCUCAAACCUCUAUGAUGAGAAGCCCAAGCAGUUACCAGAAAUAACCGCUGAUCCGCGAGAAAACCAAAUCUCCAUUAAACAGGAACUUGUGCACCAACCUCAAUCUGAGGUACAACACCAGAGACCACAGAGAGAAGAGAAGAUCCAAAAUGUUUCUAAGCCCUCCAAGCAUUCAACUUCCUCCUUUUCUCAGCAGCAACAGCAGAGUGGUCUGUCAGCCUCACAGACAAGCCAGCCUUCAUCACAAAGCUCUCACAUGGGCCUCAAUCCACACUUGACCUCUGCCACACAACAACUGGCACAGCAGAUGAUCCCAUACCAGUGUGAGCAGUGCAAAAUUGGCUUCCCCUCCUUUGAGCACUGGCAGGAACACCAGCAAUUACACUUCCUUUCUGUGCAAAAUCAAUUCAUCCACCCGCAGUUCCUCGACCGUCCAAUUGACAUGUCUUUCAUGCUUUUUGAUCCUAGCAAUCCUCUCCUGGCAACCCAGCUAAUCUCUGGGAUGCCACAAAUUCCAAGCAGCUCUGCCACCUCUCCGUCCACCCCAACCUCCACUAUGAACUCCCUGAAAAGGAAGUUAGAGGAGAAAGCUAGCACUAGUCCAGGAGAAAACGAUAGCACAAAUAGUGGAGAAGAGCCACAGCGAGACAAGAGGCUUAGAACCACCAUCACACCUGAACAGCUAGAGAUCUUAUAUCAGAAGUAUUUAUUAGAUUCUAAUCCUACGCGUAAAAUGCUUGACCACAUUGCUGUUGAGGUGGGUUUGAAAAAGAGAGUUGUGCAAGUGUGGUUCCAGAAUACCAGAGCCAGAGAGAGAAAAGGCCAGUUUAGAGCUGUUGGGCCAGCCCAAGCUCAUCGUAGGUGUCCUUUUUGUCGAGCUCUUUUUAAAGCAAAGACUGCCCUUGAAGCACACAUUCGCUCUCGUCACUGGCAUGAAGCCAAACGUGCUGGAUAUAAUUUAACUCUCAGCGGUAUGUUACCUGAGCAGGAGAACAUGCAAAUAAAAAUGGAUGCUCUUGAUACAUCAGGUUACUCCCAGCUACCCCCUACUACAAACAGUGAUGGACAAAGCUCCUCCAUGUCACCCAUGAACAAAGGCUUGGACUUGUCUCCAAGGGGUCUACUGAGCCCUUCGUCCAUCAAAGUUGAAGGAAUGGAAGACUUUGAGAGUGCCACAAUGUCCUCUAUGAACCUGAACUUUGAUCAGAGCAAACUCGAUAAUGAUGACUGCUCUUCUGUGAAUACAGCCAUUACAGACACAACCACAGGUGAUGAGGCUAAUGCUGAUAAUGACAGUGCUGAUGCAAAGCACAGCCAAAAUAGUGGCGAUUACCUGUCUAAGUCUGGGGGCACAGCUCCCAUCCUUGAAAAUGAUGACCAGAUGUCCUCGGGACUAGUGAGCCCUGCAACAAGCUAUUAUGCUAAGGACUAUGAAAAUGAAAAUAUGAUUGACCACAGUGAGACGUCCAGUCUGGCUGACCCCUGCUCACCAAGUCCUGGAGCCUCUGGUAGCAGGAGCCUUGAAGGUGGAGAUAGACCUGGCCAAAAGCGCUUCCGAACCCAGAUGACUAACCUCCAGCUGAAAUUGUUAAAAUCCUGUUUUAACGACUACAGGACACCUACCAUGCUGGAAUGCGAGGUACUUGGCAAUGAUAUUGGACUUCCAAAGAGAGUGGUUCAGGUGUGGUUUCAAAAUGCUCGCGCGAAGGAGAAAAAGGCAAAGCUCAAUAUGGCCAAGCACUUCGGAAUAAAUCAGACGUCUUACGAGGGGCCGAAGACUGAGUGCACUUUGUGUGGUGUUAAAUAUAGCGCUCGCCUUUCUGUUCGCGAUCACAUUUUCUCCCAGCAACACAUCUCUAAGGUGAAGGAUACUAUUGGCAGCCAGAUCGAUAAAGAGAAAGAGUACUUUGACCCAGCUACUGUCCGCCAACUUAUGGCCCAGCAAGAAAUGGACCGCAUUAAGAAGGCCAAUGAAGUUUUAGGAUUUGCGCAGCAACAGGCCAUGCAGCAGCAGGGGAUGUUUGAUAACCCUGCAAUGCAGGCUUUAAAUCUCCAGUCGGCCUAUCCAAACCUGCAAGGUAUCCCACCUGUCCUUUUACCAGGGGUUGGCAGCCCCUCUCUUCCCAGCUUUAACUCAUCUAAUUCAGCUUUAACUCCUCCAAAACCUUCAAACCUCCUGAACAUGCCUGGUGCCAGUGUUCCCUCACCUAGCCUCCCCACGUCUGGAUUGCCCAACAAGCCUCCCUCCUCAUCGUCUCUCACCGCAUCCAGCCCAGCCCAGACCAACACGUCUACUUCCCAUUCAAACUCCACCUCCAAUUCCACAUCCUCAACCAGUCAGUCGCGACCUGAACCCCCCAAAGAACGAGAUACUGAGAGAGUAAAAGAGAAGGAGAAGGCCAAGGAAAAGACAGAGAAGCCCUCAACUCCAUCAUCAACUGGAAGCACCCCCGCCCCUUCCACUUCUGCUGCCAGCGCCAAAAAGGAGAAACCUGAAACAGCUGUUCCUGCCACUUCUAUGCCCACACCUGGAAUGGAGUAUGUGGUAGAUCCUGCCCAGCUUCAGGCCCUCCAGGCUGCUUUGGCAUCAGAUCCCACAGCUCUCCUCACAAACCAGUUUCUACCCUACUUCAUGCCUGGCUUUUCCCCAUAUUAUACCCCUCAGAUUCCUGGGGCUCUACAAGGGGGCUACCUGCAACCAAUGUAUGGUAUGGAAAGUCUCUUCCCUUACAACCCAGCAUUGUCACAAGCACUGAUGGGCCUGUCUCCAGGGUCCCUACUGCAGCAUUACCAGCAAUAUCAGCAGAGCUUGCAGGAGGCACUACAGCAGCAGCAGCGGCAGCUUCAGCAGAUCCAGCAACCCAAGGCGAGCCAAACUUCAGUUCCCCCUCAAACCUUGGGGGAUCGCAAAGAUUCUGCCAAAGAUCCAGCGAAAUCAGAGGAGCAAAAGGGCAAUCCACAAAGUGAACCUCCCACUUCCUCCUCGUCCUCUUCCUCCUCGUCCUCUUCUCAUACUACAGUACCCUCCGAGCAGAAUGAGAUGGAUGGCAAACCUGUGGACACCCAUCUAGACCAGUAUAUCGUCCCCAAGGUGCAGUAUAAACUGGCAUGCCGCAAGUGUCAAGCUGUUUUCACCAAGGAAGAAGCGGCUAUUACCCACCUUAAAUCGAACUGCUUUUUCGGUCAGUCUGUGGCAAACCUGCAAGAGAUGUUGCUGCGUGUCCCCGGUGGCGUAGGUGUAGGGGCUGGAAGUCUCUAUGACUGCCUGGCUUGUGACACUACGUUGGAUGGGGAGAAAGCACUCAGUCAACACCUGGAAUCGGCAUUGCACAAACACAGAACAAUCAAGAGAUCGGUCAGAAAUGCCAAAGAGCACGCUACUAGUUUAUUACCUCACUCUUCAGCCUGCUUCCCCAAUCCUAACACCGCAUCUACCUCGCAGUCUGCCACUCAUCCCAUCAGCAGCCCUCCUCCCCCGCCAACAACAUCAGCCACCAUGCCAUCUUCUGCUGUCUCCUCAUCUUUGUGCUCCUCCUCUACUACCCAACUCAACACCACAGCUGCCGGAAAACCCUGGCCCCAGGCCCCUUUCCCCAGAGCUUUAGCUGGGAAGCCCAAUGCUAGUCCCUCCUCUUCUUCCUCCUCUUUUCCUCCAGUGUCCUCACCUUCAACGGUUACCUCAAGUUCAUUGAGCACCUCAGGAGUUCAGACCUCGAUACCAACAGACGUCUUUACCGACGAGUCUGACUCUGACAGCAGUCAGAAGUCAGCAAACAGGCUGGGCAGGACGGCGGAGGAGCCGCAGCAGCCUGGCUUUGUCAAAGACAGUAAUAGUUGUAGUAGUAAUCUUGCUAGUGUAGGAACAGACUCCAUCAGAUUGUAAAAGAGCUUUCAGUGAUGGACGAUAUUUAAAAAAAACUCCCUAAAAGACAAAAAAAAAAAAAUCCAAAAAUUAA